ACAGCUGAUCAGUAUGUUGUUAUCUUUUAAGUACUCGUGUCCUCAGAUAACAGGGUCCAGUGAUUAGAGUUUGUAAACAAUAAUGAGUGAGGAGGAUAUAUACUGUGACUGUUCCUGCUGUUCUUGGUCCCCCGGGCAGGGAACUAGUGAAGAGCAUGGGGACCAUACAGAACCACAGAGCCAAGAAAUGCGCCCACUUUUAAGAAACAGACACAGAACUACGGAAGACCACUUACCGAGGAAAGAUUUUGAGAGUUUAGACUAUGACCGAUGCUUUAACAAACCAUACGAAGAGUAUCUUAGAAGGUCAGAUGAAAAUAAAUCAUCUACUAGAGUGGAGGUUAUAAAAUGGAUUGUGACCUUUAUGAUAGGAUUUUUGACUGGAAUGGUUGCUUUAUUCAUAGACUAUAUUGUGAAACUGUUGUCAUCUCUUAAAUUCAGUGUCGUUGAAGACUCUAUAUCAGAGUGUUCCAAACAUGGCUGUCUUGUUGUGUCUCUGUUGUUUUUGCUGUUAUUCAACGUUGGUUUUUCCAUAAUUGCAUCAUUUCUUGUUGUCACUGAGCCCGUAGCGGGAGGUUCCGGUAUACCUGAGAUAAAAUGUUACCUGAAUGGGGUGAAGAUACCCCGUGUGGGUCGCCUGAUGACGCUCAUUUCUAAAGCUGUCGGUGUACUCUUCAGUGUAGCGGGAGGUUUAUUUGUUGGAAAGGAGGGUCCAAUGAUUCAUAGUGGCGCUAUCAUAGGAGCAGGUGUCCCCCAAUUUCAAAGCAUAGCGUUCAGAAAGAUCAACAUUAAAAAGUACAGCUUUUUCAGGACAGAUCGCGAUAAGAGAGAUUUCGUAUCCAGCGGAGCAGCAGCAGGCGUUGCAGCUGCAUUUGGAGCCCCAAUCGGUGGAGUGUUGUUCAGUUUGGAGGAAGGGUGUUCCUUUUGGAACCAGAAACUUACAUGGAGAUCCUUCUUUUGCUCCAUGGCUGCAACUUAUAGCCUGAAUUUUUUCCUUUCUGGAAUCAACACGGGGAACUGGGGAUACUUUUAUCUCCCAGGACUCAUCAACUUUGGAGUCUUUAAGUGCACAAAUGAGAGUGGUAUAGGGUGCCAUCUUUGGAACGCCGUAGAUUUGGUCGUCUUUAUUUUUAUGGGACUGCUAGGUGGUGUAUUUGGUGCUCUCUUUAACACCAUAAAUCUGCUACUGACAAAGCACAGAAUGAAACAUGUCCAGAAGAAACACAAAGGAAUCAGGAUCCUUGAGGCUGUUCUGGUUGCAGCAGUCACUACCACCGUGUCUUUCUCUGCGGCCAUGCUUCUAGGACAGUGUAGAGAUAUGCCCUCCAGCAAGGGAAAUGGAACAAUAUCCCUCAUUGAUGAUUCUGUGAGGACAUAUUUCUGUCCUGAAGGCUCCUAUAAUGAUAUGGCAACCCUGUUCUUUAAUUCUCAAGAAGAAGCAAUCAAACAGCUAUUUCAUCAAGAAGGUAAGUUUAGCCUAGAGACUCUGGGUCUGUUCUUCCUCUUCUUUUUUAUCCUUGCCUGUUGGACAUAUGGCGUUCACGUCCCCAGCGGUUUGUUUGUCCCUUCUCUUCUCUGUGGAGCGGCUUAUGGACGUUUUGUUGCCACGGUGCUUGUUCAAAUUGGAUAUGCCAAUCAUGAAAACUCUGGCACUUUUGCAUUAAUUGGUGCAGCGGCAUUUCUCGGUGGAGUGGUCAGAAUGACCAUUAGUCUUACUGUUAUUAUGAUAGAAUCCACCAAUGAAAUCAGUUAUGGAUUGCCAAUAAUGCUUGUGUUAAUGGUUGCCAAAUGGUGUGGUGACUACUUUAAUGAGGGUAUAUAUGAUAUACACAUCAAGUUAAGGGGAGUCCCUCUCUUAGAAUGGGAAGUUCAUCAUGGAACAGAAAGGCUUAAAGCAAGAGAUGUUAUGGACAAAUCACUGAGUUAUGUAUUUACAGUAUCACGUGUAUCGUCUCUCAUACGCAUGCUCCGCACAACCGUUCACAACGCAUUUCCAGUGGUCUCAAGAAUCAAAAGCAUAAAUAAUAAUGAAGAAGCUUCAAAGGUGGAAGAUUACAAUGAGAGAAAAGAGGAAAAUGAAACUGACGAUUCUCCCACACAAAAAUGGCAGUUUAAAGGCUUAAUCAUGCGACAUACACUCGUCGCUCUACUCGAUCGAGAUGUAUACUUUCAGGAACAUAAUGGGAGGACCUCACAACCUGACGUUUCCUAUGAAGAUUUGACAAAGGAUUAUCCGCGUUAUCCUGAUAUACACGAUAUCUCGGGGCUUUCUGCCAUUCCACAAGACGCGCUUAUGGAUAUCAGUGGAUACAUGAAUCCGUGUCCAUAUACAGUGUACCCCAAUACACCUGUGCCCCAGGUGUUUAAUCUGUUUAGAAGUAUGGGUCUGCGGCACCUUCCAGUUGUUGAUUAUACAGGCCUAUUGCUGGGAAUAAUAACACGUCACAACUUAACUCAUGAGUAUCUAGAAAUGUGCAAAGAACAAAACGAAGAAUCCAAUGAUGAACGAUAACCUGUCAGAAUUCUUAGAACAAGCAAUUGUCUAUCCUUAGUAAUUAAAACUCAUGCAUUUAUCUGUUGACUCGUGAUAAAGUACAUUGUAUACAGAUUGUAUGUAUUCAAUAUAUAUGUUGAACAAGUUAAUGUUCUUUCCUUCUAUGAAGUAUAGUAUAAAUGUUUUUCUCAGUGUUGAUAUGUGCAUAUAAAUUGCACUUCGAAUUACCUUUCCAGAAAAUGUACUGAAAGUAUUCAAUUUUAAAUUUUGGAAAAAUUUUUAAUUGUUCCGACUAGAAGAUCGCUUUUGUAUCUCAUUGUACUAGAUUAUACCAAGAGAUCUUCUGGGCAUCAAACAGCCAAAGUCUUAUUGUAAUUAGCAUGUUAUCCUUAACCAAAUUAUUGAAAUUCAUGGUUCAAGGUCAGGGAUUCUGGAGUUAGACUUGUACAUAUGAAAAUAAUGCACAAUUUCACAUCCUUGGAAUUUUGAAAUAUUGAAGGCAUCAGUGUGAAGCAAAGGAAUUAUUGCUAAACUGACAUGAAAACUAUUCUUUUUGUCUUUCUGGGGCAGUUUUUUUUCAUUCAAUUUUUGAUCAUUGUUCUCUGUAUUUGAUAUUCCAUAUGCAAGAUUUUCUCUGAAACAUUAGCUGAAUAAAAUUUAUAUUUCUCCUCU